GGGUUUUAUUUUUAGCCUCUUCGCGACCCUCUACCACGACAGCUGUCUCCCUCCUCCUCCUUCUCCUCUGACAGAGCAGAGUCAGGAAUAGCCUAUCACUUUGCACCUCUCAGAAUUUAGGCUGCCGGUUAGUUUGACGUGGGUCUUGUGGUUCUCAGGACCGUCUUUCUGGCUCAAAUACACACACAUGCUCUCGUCUCACAGCUUUGGUUGGCACUCAUCUGCGCUCUGACCUUGGUGGGGAACGACUUUCAGUGUUUGGAGCUGCUGCAAAAGAUCUCAGAGCCAAGAGCCUCCUCUUCUUUCCAGCAUUGUGGGUCUUAUUUACCUGAAGUUUGUGACCUCACGUAACAUAACUGUGAAGAUCAGCAUCCAUUCUGCCAGCCUCUUGUCUGCUGGUCCCUUCAUCUGUCACUCAUCUUUUCAUCCCGCCCUCCCUCCCUCAUCAAACCCUUACCCGGCCCAGCCCAUGACAGCAGCGUUGCCAGCAUGGCAUUCUCAUCACGCUUUUCCUUCUGGGAGCAAAAGAUCAAAGAAGAGAACAAGCCAAUCCCCAAGAAUUCAAAAGACAAUUCUGACAGCGAUGGCAGUCUGAGUAGCCGUUCCCAGUCAGUUCCCAGCCUGGAGCCUGGCAGAGGCCUACUUCGAGCCAAAAGUCCUCAGCCUGUUCAGGACGAACCCACAGAGAUCCAGUCUCAAUCUCUGUUCAGGCGAGUCAAAAGCCCUUCACCUAACAGAGACAAGAUGGCAACCAGAAAGUUCUCUGAAGUUCCCAAAAUGCCAGAGCGCUUCAAAAGCCCUGAGCCUCCCCGAAGUCCCUUGAGCCCUGAACCUUUCCAGAAUGGAGAAAGCAAAAUUAAUGUUACCCUUAAUGGCAGUGUAAAGACUACAGCAAGUGCCAGUCAACCAGAACUCACAGAGGACUUGCAGGGUGGGACUCGUAAGAAGGUGGUAAAGGUGGUACGCAGAGUGGUUAGGAGGGUAGUUCCUGCUGAAGAAGACACUGCAACAAACCCUGUAGCCAUGUCACCAGAACCAUCUAAACCAGCUUUAGAAUCACUGAAACCUGAACCAGCAUCUGUUCCAAAAGUUGUAAAGAUGCCUGUGUUCUCCUUCAAACAUGAUUCCAUAAAGAAGGAGGAAAGAGAUGAUAUCUCUGUUGGACUGACAAGUUUAAUGACACGAGGCAGGACCAGAGAACCUCGUCCGCGCAUUCGCAAGGAUGAGCCUCCUGAAAAAGAGGAUGUGAAAGCUGUAGAGAAAUCUCAAAAGAAGGAAAUUUCUGGACCAGCACAAGAUAAAACUGUUCCGAAUGUAGAGGCCUCUCAGAAUCCAAAACAAGAGCCACAGACUUCAGCAUCUCCUGCUAUCUUGACGACUCCCAAGUCUCUUGUUUCACCACCAGCAGGAUUCAUCCCAACCCCAAAACCCAAUCCACUCUCUCCCCCAUCUGGUUUUGUUCCUACACCGAAACCCUUAGGAUUUUCCACCACCUCAAAACCAUCUACUCUUUCCCCUCCAGCAGGCUUUAUUCCUGCUUCAAAACCUUCUCCUGUGACUCCUGCUGGAUUUGUUCCAACAGCUCCUAUUGUUUCUCCACCUUUAGCCCCUAUUUCAGAUCCCAAAACAUUGCCUGUUAUCCCGGGUUCCACACCUGCUGUUCCUAAAGCAGCUGCUACUUCUGCUCCAACCGCUCCUGGUAAAUCCAACACCCAUAACCCCCCGGCCCCCAAAACAGAUCCAUUUGCCCCUCCAUCAGGGUUCAUUCCCACCAAUAAACAGAUACCUAUGAAGAAACCAGAGGUGAAGAUGGCCAUACGUGUGCCACCAAGUCAAGCAGGGAGACCUUCUCCUGGGAGCAUUUCUAAACCCUCUCUACCAACCUUGUUCAAAAAGGAGAGUCCGCCACUGAGUCCCACAGAAGAAGCACAGAGACGGCUGGAGAAGAUCUUCGCUGCACCUCUGGAACCUGUGGCCAGUGCCUCUGCGUCGUCUCAGGUACAGGGCCCCUCUGGGCACGGCUCUUCCCUCACAGCGCCCCUCCAUGGCUUGGCCGGGGUGUGUGCUCUCGUGGCCUGUUGGAGUGGACAGGUGGAGGAGGACCCCGUGGCAAUCCUAAAGGCAGACCAUGCCGCUGCCGCCCAUCCUAAGGUGAAAACAGAGGAGCAGAUAGCUGCAGAGCAGGCAUGGUACGGUACGGAGAAAGUGUGGCUGGUCCACAAGGAUGGAUUCUCUCUGGCCACUGUUGUGAAGACAGAGGCUGGAAGUCUACCAGAGGGGAAAGUGAAAAUCAAACUGGAGCAUGAUGGGACAGUACUGGACGUGGACGAAGAUGACAUAGAGAAGGCGAACCCUCCGUCAUUUGACCGCUGCGAGGACUUGGCAGCUCUGCUCUAUCUGAACGAGUCCAGUGUCAUGCAUUCCUUGCGCCAGCGCUAUGGAGGAAAUCUCAUCCACACAUACGCAGGGCCCAACAUGGUGAUCAUCAACCCUACCAGCGCCCCCUCCAUGUACUCAGAGAAGGUGAUGCACAUGUUCAAAGGCUGUCGGCGGGAAGACACAGCCCCUCAUAUAUAUGCAGUGGCCCAGUCAGCCUACCGAAAUCUUUUGACAACACGGCAGGACCAGUCUGUAGUGCUGCUGGGAAAGAGCGGCAGUGGCAAGACCACAAACUGCCAGCAUUUAGUCCAGUACCUGGUGUCCAUCGCAGGCAGCACCGGAAAGAUCUUUACUGCUGAGAAAUGGCAAGCUGUCUACACAAUCCUAGAGGCCUUUGGAAACAGUGCCACCUCCAUGAACAAUAACGCAAGCCGCUUUUCCCAGAUCGUCUCGCUGGAUUUUGACCAGGCUGGUCAGGUGGCCUCUGCCUCCAUUCAGACAAUGCUGCUGGAGAAGCUGCGAGUGGUAAAACGACCAGAGACCGAGUCCACUUUUAAUGUUUUUUAUUACAUGAUGGCUGGAGCAGAUAGCACACUUAGAACGGAGUUGCAUUUUAACCACUUUGCAGAGAACAGCGCUUUUGGGAUUGUGCCUCAAACUAAGUCUGAGGACAAGCAAAAGGCAUCACAACAGUUCACUAAACUGCAGGCAGCUAUGAAGGUUCUGGGCAUCUCUUCUGAUGAACAGAAAGCUCUGUGGCUCAUCCUUGGAGCCAUUUACCAUCUUGGAGCUGCAGGAGCCACGAAAGCAGAAGCUGAUGAAGCGGGUCGGAAACAAUUUGCACGCCACGAGUGGGCCCAGAAGGCGGCUUACCUCUUGGGUUGCACCCUAGAAGAACUCUCGUCUUCUAUCUUCAAACACCAGCCCAAGGGAACCUUACAGAGAUCCACCUCAUUCCGCCAGGGACCAGAUGAUACCGGGACAGGAGAAAACUCGGCUCCAAAGAUCACAGCUCUGGAGUGUCUGGAGGCCAUGGCUGCUGGACUCUACUCUGAACUCUUUACUCUGGUCAUCUCACUUGUUAACCGAGCGCUGAAGUCGAGUCAGCAUUCCCUGUGCUCUCUGCUUAUUGUGGACACACCGGGAUUCCAGAACCCAAAGUUUACGAAGCGGGACCGCGGAGCCACCUUUGAGGAGCUGUGCCACAACUAUACACAAGAACGUCUACAAACGCUUUUCCACGAACGCACUUUUGUACAGGAGCUAGAACGCUACAAGGAGGAAAACAUAGAGCUUGCAUUAGAUGACAUAGAGUCCAGUACGUCACUCUCUGUAUCAGCUAUAGACCAAGCCUCCACUCAAGCAUUGGUGCGGACCUUGGCCAGGACAGAUGAGGCGAGGGGCCUGCUGUGGCUGAUGGAGGAGGAAGCUCUGCAGCCCGGGGGCUCAGAGGAAACUCUACUGGAGAGACUCUUCAGUUAUUACAGCCCUGUGGAUGGAGAGAGCAAAGGCCCUGCCCUGCUGCUAAAGAGUGAGAAGGCACAUCACUUCCUGUUGGGUCACAGCCAUGGGACUGACUGGGUGGAAUAUGAUGCUAGCGGCUGGUUGAACCAUGCCAAACAGAAUCCUGCCUCCCAGAAUGCAGCCAUUUUACUGCAGGACUCUCAGAAGAAGAAUAUCAGUGGCUUGUUUAUGGGGCGUUCAGGGGGAGCCACAGUUUUGUCGGGCUCUAUUGCUGGGCUUGAGGGCGGAUCACAGCUGGCCCUGCGCAGGGCCACAAGUAUGAGAAAGACCUUCACCACUGGUGUGGCGGCUGUUAAAAAGAAGUCCCUCUGCAUUCAGAUUAAACUGCAAGUAGAUGCGCUUAUAGACACGGUGCGGCGGUCCAGGGUGCACUUUGUGCACUGUCUGCUGCCUAAAGCAGAGACGCCGGCUGGGGAUUUAAAGGUGUUAGGACCGUCAUCUCGCUCUGGGGAGAUAGAUGCACAGGGAGAAAGCUGUGACAACGGCCUCAUGCAGCUGGAUGUGUGCUUGCUCCGAGCACAGCUGCGUGGCUCCAAACUGCUCGACGCCCUGCGUAUCUACCGCCAAGGUUAUCCCGAUCAUUUGGUCUUCUCGGAGUUCCGUCGCCGCUUUGAUGUGCUGACUCCUCAUCUGACAAAGAAACAUGGGCGGAACUACAUUGUAACCGAUGAGAGAAGGGCUGUCGAGGAGCUGCUGGAAUCUCUUGAGCUGGAAAAAAGCAGUUAUCACAUGGGCUUGAGCAGGGUGUUCUUCAGGGCUGGAACAGUGGCUAAACUAGAGGGACAGAGGGAUGAACACACCAGACAGAACAUCACGCUGUUCCAGGCCGCCUGCAGGGGCUUUUUGUCUCGACAGGCCUUCAAAAAGAUGAAGAUCCAGGAUUUGGCCAUCCGUUGUGUCCAAAAGAACAUCAAGAAGAAUCGUGGCGUGAAAGACUGGCCCUGGUGGAAGCUCUUCACCACCGUACGACCUCUAGUAGAGGUUCAGCUCACCGAAGAACAGAUUCGAGGAAAAGACGAGGAGAUCAUGCAUCUGAAGUUGAAGCUGGAGAAGGUGGAGAAGGAGAGAAAUGAGCUACGGCUGACCUCGGAUCGUCUGGAGAGCAGAAUCACAGAGCUGACGGCAGAGCUUUCAGAUGAGAGGAACUCUGCUGAGUCCACAUCCCAGCUGCUGGAGACAGAAACAAGCGAGAGACUGCGUUUGGAGAAGGACAUGAAGGACAUGCAGGUGAAGUUUGACGCUGUGAAGAAACAGAUGGAUUCCAUGGAGAUGGAGAUCAUGGAGGCCAGACUUCUCCAAGCGUCAGAACUCAAUGGCGAGAUGGACAAUGAUGGUGAUGAUUCUGGAGGUGAAUGGAGGCUGAAAUAUGAACGUGCCAUCAGAGACACAGAAUUCACGAAGAAAAAACUCCAGCAGGAGAUGGAUGACAAGGUUGAGACAGAACAACAGAACAAGAGACACUUGGAGAGAAAAUUAACAGACUUGAAGGCUGACCACGAGGAGUCCCAGAGGUCAGUCCAGCAGCUGAAGAAGAAAUGCCAGCGGCUGGCAGCUGAACUGCAAGACACCAAGCUCCACUUGGAAAAUCAAGAGGGACGCAACCAUGAGCUGGAGAGAAAACAGAGAAAGUUUGAUGUGGAGAAGAACCAGUUUCACGAGGAACUACAGAAGGAGAGGAACCAGCGGGAGAAACUGGGUAGAGAGAGAGAUAUGCUAACUGGAGAGGUGUUUACAGUCAGACAGCAGCUACAGGAGAAGGACACAGAGCUGUGUACAGUCAGUCUGAAAGUAGAGCAGCUGGAAUCCGAACUUCAGGAUCUCUCCUCUCAGGAGUCAAAAGACGAGGCGUCCCUCGCAAAGAUUAAGAAGCAACUGCGUGAUUUGGAAGCAAAGGUCAAAGAUCAAGAGGAGGAGCUUGAUGAACAGGCUGGAACCAUUCAGAUGCUGGAACAGGCUAAACUCCGUUUGGAAAUGGAGACUGAGAGAUUGAGACAAACACAUUCUAAAGAGCUGGACAGUAAGGAUGAGGAAGUGGAAGACAUCAGACUGUCCUGCAGUAAGAAGCUGAAGCAAAUGGAAGUGCAGUUAGAGGAGGAAUAUGAAGAUAAACAGAGAGUUCUGAGAGAAAAGAGAGAUCUGGAGUCCAAACUGAUGAUGGCGCAGGAACAGGUUGGCCAGAAAGAUGUAGAGACAGAGAAACGUCUCAGGAAGGAUCUGAAGCGCACAAAGGUUCUUCUGGCUGAUGCGCAGAUGAUGCUGGACCAUCUAAAGAGUAAUGUGCCCAGCAAAAGAGAGAUCGCCGCACUCAAAAAUAAGUUGGAGGAGUCAGAGUUUGCCUGCGCGGCUGCAGUUAAAGCACGCAAGUCUAUGGAGCUGGAAAUUGAAGACCUUCAUAUCCAGAUGGAUGACGUCACCAAAGCCAAGAUGGCUUCGGAGGAGCAGAUAAGUCGUCUGCAGAGAGAGAAAAAUGACCUGCAGUCUCGUUUUGAGGAGGAUCAAGAGGACAUGAAUGAACUCAUGAAGAAACACAAAGCUGCCGUGGCUCAGUCCACAAGAGAUCUUGCACAAAUCAGUGACCUACAAGCACAGGUGGAGGAGGCCAUGAAAGAAAAACAGGAGAUCCAGGACAAGCUUCACUCCCUGCAGUCACAGCUUGAAUUUCAGGAACAGUCUAUGGUGGAGAAAUCUCUGGUCAGCCGUCAGGAAGCCAAAAUUCGUGAACUAGAGACCAAACUAGAAUAUGAGAGGACCCAGACCAAACGUCUGGAGUCUCUUGUAACACGGCUGAAGGAAAACCUGGAGAAGAUGACCGAGGAACGAGACCAGCGUAUUGCCAGCGAAAACCGGGAGAAGGAUCAGAAUAAGCGCAUGCAGCGACAGAUCCGGGACACAAAGGAGGAGAUGACUGAACUGUCUAAGAAAGAGUCAGAAGCUAGUCGCAAAAAACAUGAGCUGGAAAUGGAUAUUGAAAGCCUGGAAGCAGCCAAUCAGAGCUUACAAGCAGAUUUGAAGUUGGCCUUUAAGCGGAUCGGGGACCUGCAGGCUGCUAUGGAAGAUGAAAUGGAGACAGAUGAUGAUGAUGACCUCAUCAACAGUUUACAAGACAUGGUGACAAAGUAUCAGAAAAGAAAGAACAAAACUGGAGAUGAAUCUGAUAUGGACUCUGAGGUGGAGGACCGCGUGGAUGGGGUGAAGUCAUUGCUUUCCAAGAGCAAAGGAUCUGCUAAGACACUCACUGAUGAAGGCCCCCAGAAGAACACCAGACACACCAAUGCUGCUAAUGCAGAUGUGAAAGAUAUAAAAGAAGGGAAAGAGGGAAAAGAGGGGAAGGAGGAAGUAAAAAAAGAUUCGGACGAGAGCCGUCCGGUGUCUGUGAUGAGCUCGCUCAGCUACAGGAAACGCUCCCAUCAGAAGGACUGGAAUGGAGGUGCAGGGGAUGAAAACUCUCUCUUUAGCGCCCUUCGGGAGCAGCCGGACAUGCCUGACAGAUUGUCGUUGCGCAAAGCUAAAAGCAAAUCCACAGACAGGCCUCAGACUGGAGAUGACCUGGAUGACCGGGGUUCAGUGAUAUCCCAGGCUUACUCUGAAGCUGCCAGUAGGGCCAGGAAAGGUCUAGACCGUCGCUGGACCAAAAGCAGUCCAGAAUUUGACAAAGAGUCCAUGGUGUCCUCGGUUGCUCCAAGCCGAGCUUCCACACGCCGUGGGAUAGAGCAAGAUGACGAUGCUCUGUCUGGUGUGAGCAGCUUCAGCUUGCGACGUAGUACUUCUUGGAUGGAUGACAGCCGCAGUGAUUACGGUCCGACAAGUACAAGUAUGAGUCAACAAUCUAGAAGCCGAAGUCCUGGAAGCACCAGCGUCGGCUCGCGAAUUUCCUUGGCUCGCAGCACCCGACUUAGCGAGUUUGGAGUUCGUUUGAAUAAUGACGAGGUUGAUGAAGACGAUGAUGUUGACUCUGUGAGUGUAGCUGCAUACAGUCCACGCUCAGUGGGCCGUAGUCUGUCCACUCCUGCCCAGCUACGUUCUUCUGAGAACCCACUGGACACCUCUGACGUUAAACCUGUGAGCCACCGCAACUACCUGGACCCAGACUUAGAAAAAGCCAUCAAUGAGGUCCUGAGCUUCAAGCCAAUUAAGUUCAAACGCCGAAGCUUAGAAGACUCAGAUGAAGAAGAGGAGGGAGGUGGUGGUGCAGGAGAGGAAGAAGAAAGGAAGAGCAUCAAGAGUUUGUUGGCAGACAAGGAUGAUGAAGGUCUGGGCCGUAGCGAGUCCAGUCUGAGACGCUCGGCUUCAGGUUCUGCCGUAGAUUCUGGUCGUUCUAGAAGCUCUCUAAGUUCCUUUAGCUCCAAGAGCAGCAAGAAGAAGAACAAGAAGAAGAGCAGGCGCUCCGAGUCUGACAGCUCCUCCAAUGAGGGUCAUACUCGGCGUCAUUCCAGACAAAAAGAAAAGAGAAGAUCCAAAAGCUUAAGAAAGAAAGAAUCUGGAUCGUCUAAGUCAGAAUCUGACUCAAAAUCUUCAUCUUCAAGCUCUGCAUCAACAGUUUCAUAUCGCAGCUCAAACAGUGUGAAGAGAAGCCCAGGGCAGAAAGACUCAGAUGGUGGUCUGGAAAGUCCUGAUGAAGAACGACCCCCAAGCAGAAAAGAACUAAAGAAACAGAAGAAGAAAGUGGACAGUCUGGUUAUGAAGUAUCUCUACAAGCCUGACAGUGAUUAAGGAUCAUUAACAGUCCCCUCUACAGACCACACUCAGUGCAACAUGAGGAAGACGACACUGGACCAGAGAAAGACACUACACAAACUGACAGUACUAUCCUUAAAGACAGCAGUGGUGAUGAUCAACUUUCGGAAAGCACUGCGUAGAUC